AUGGCUUCGAGUACCGACCUCACCGACCGCUUCGACGAGUCUGGGCCGACUCAUAUGAUGCCCACUGGUGGUACUUCUGCGACAAAGAUUGACUGGUAUGUUUCGUCUCCUACCCUCCUCCUCGAUCAUAUGGUGGUCCAACAGCAUUCAGGUGGUUCUAAGCUAACAAUGGAUGAUUCAUGGUACAGGGAGAGCGAAGAGCACCGCCGGUGCAUCGCCGCCUGCAUCGUCAAAGGCACUUACGCCCUAGAGAGCGACAGAACCAUGUGCAGGCAGGGCCUGCAGGCCAAGUCGCUAGCGCCGGCGUGGUGGGAGAGCUUUCACUUCCGCCUCAAGGACGUGCUCACGGACGACUCUUUCAAGCACAGGGGGGACAAGUUCAUCUUCGGCGCCAUCUACGAGUACGCCGCCCCGGCGGGUGCGCCACCGCGCCACCCAUCUGCUCCGCAGUACAUCGUCGCCUUCCGCGGGACCAUGAUGCGGCACCCCAAGGCGAUACAAGACGUUUACCUUGACGGCAAGAUAGUGCUCAACCGCCUAAAGGGAAGCAAUCGCUCCCAGCAAGCACAUGCCGCGGUCCACGAGCUCCUCGCCACCAUCGCCAAGCAGAGAGAGAGCUGCGUCGUCUGGCUCGCCGGCCACUCUAUCGGCGCGUCACUGGCGUUGGACGUGGGGCGGACUACGAUGGAUCAGCAGGGGCUCGGCCUCCCGACCUUCCUCUUCAACCCCCCGCAUGUGGCAUCCACACAGGCCAUAAACCUGCUUCAACCGUCGGAGGUGGCCAAGAAUGACCUCUACGCCACGAGCAACCUCGUGAAGGCCGGUCUCGGGGUGAUCCUCGGUCCCCACCGGAAGCGUAUGGCGAAGCUAUUCGAACGGUUGUCGCCAUGGGCGCCCAAGCUAUACGUGCACGAGAAGGACUUCAUCUGCCAGGGUUUCAUCGACUACUUCCAACAGAGGGAGCGGAUGGAGGAGCGCUUUCGCGGCGCCGCCAAGUCGGCCAUGACGCUGUCGUACCGUGACAUAUUCCACCACCUCGUCGGCCAUGACAAGGAGCGCCCUCACCUCCUGCCAUCAGCAACGCUGUGGAAGAACUCCAGAAUUGACGACGCGAGCUGGCUCACCAAGCGGUCCAACGUGCAUGGCCUCCAGCAGUGGUGGAAGUCCGACGCCUAG